UGAUCGUAAACAAAAGAUGGAGUCUCGGCCGCAGGAUGGAGGCGGAGAACAUUAAGGUUUCUGGCCUCCUAAGGGACCGGAAUGUGCUGCUUUUAUGCGUUUUCGUGACUUUUCUGAGCAUUGUGGUCUCUGCUCUAGUCAGUCUUCUUGUAGGAGCCCUGCUAAUCCUGUCCUUCAUCAGCGGGUUAAUUCUACCUGUCGUCAUAUUCAGUGAGGGGAAGCAAGUCCCUAACCUCUUGGCCAUUUUUACUGGCCCAGAGAACUCAGGUGCAAAGGGGGAAAUUCCGAGGUCAUGCUCUGUGUGCGGGGGGGAGCGCUGUCAGAGGCAGCACCCAGUACCUGCCGUGCAGGUCUCGGCUCAUGCACAUGUCAACUUCGCUGUUCCACAGAGCAUAGACGAGGCUUUGGAAGAGUUGUUGAACCUAACACUGGACCACCAUGUGUACAGCUGGUACCGAGAAAUUUCUAUUCACGACCAGCUCGCUGAUGAGAUUCGCUACAUCAUCAGAUAUGCUGUUGCUUCCUUGGCCAGCAGACUCUCAAAGAUCGACUUGACAAUCAUCAUCAUUGAUAAGCUUCUGCCGACCUUAAUCAACCACCUGGACAGUUAUGUGGAAGGGGGUCGACGAGUGCGAGGGAACACAUCUCAGGAGGCAGCUGUCAUCCAGUACCUGAAGGCUGGUGGAGGGCUGCACCGAGCAGUUAAAUCAAGGGAGGAUGAGGCGGCGUACCUCAGGGGGGUCAUUGGCACGGUCAUCCCCUACUUGCUGCCGACCAAGUACCAGGCUAGCAGCCUGGCCCGAGCCUUCUUGGAGGAACUGUUAGGGCGGGUGCUGCUUCUGCAAGCGAUGGACCUCUUGGCCAGCCCAGACACUCUCAACCUCUUGUUCCUGCUGCUGCUGAGUCGGGAUUCUUCACCCUGGCUGCCUCACAAGCCCGAGCCAGAGGUCCUGCUGCUCAAGAACUUUGCUUCAGUCAAUACCCACCCUCGCAACUCCGUCUUGAGGAGCAACCUGUCUUCUGUGUUGAAGGAUCAAAAUCUCCUUUAUUUAUUCCACUCUUUCCUGAAGGAGGAAGGAGCUAUCAAUAUUCUGCAGUUCUGUCUAGCUGUUGAGGACUUCAACCGCCACAUCCUGGACCCUGACUUGACCCCAGAGCAACUUGAACAGUUCCAUCACGAGGCUUUAGAACUCUACCACACAUACAUGGUGUCGUCAGCUGUUGACAGGAUCAACUUCCCAUCACAUAUAGUUUCACAUAUAAGAGAAAUUGUGCAUGGGGAAGUGGGGGACAUAGUGAAACUACGCACAACUCGACCACUCUUCCAGGCAUACGAACAUGCUUAUAAUCUCUUAGAGAGAGAAUAUCUGCCUCUGUUCAUGCACAGUCAUGCGUAUUUUGCUCACCUAUGUGGGACAAGAAGCUCCCAAGGUUACCAAAAAAAUGCAACCAACUCUCCAGGGAAAAGCAGGGAGUUGGAUCAGCUCCCUAGGAAGAAUGUAGGUAAAGUAGUGGUGAAGAAGGUGGGUAGUGGCCUCAAGCACAUUGGCAAACAGAUGGUUCUCAAACCCUCCGUGGUCAUCGGCGACGAGGACGACCACACACUCUAUGAUAUAGAAGAAGCAGAUGAUAUAUCUUUGCUCAUGGCUGAUGAGGGAGGUGUAUCACAGUCGUGCAGUGGGCUAGAGGGGCUCACUUCCAGCUUCCGUGACCUUAGUGCGUGGAGGGUCAGCAUCCCACGCGUUGAACAGCGCCUCGACCACAACAACAAGCCCUAUUAUGCGUUCAUUGUGGAUGUUACAAGGAUUGAUGUAACUGGAGCCGAGAGACCAGAGGAGGUACACUGGGAGGUGGAAAGGCGCUACCAUGAGUUCUACAUCCUGGAGACCAAGCUGACCGAAUUUCACGGGGAGUUCCAGGACAACCAGCUGCCCCCAAGGCGAUCCCUCUUCACGUCAAAGGACAUCGGGUUCAUGAAAACUCGCAGACAGACAUUUGAAGAGUUCCUGCAGAAGCUCUUGCAGAAGCCAGCACUAAAGGGCUCUCAGCUGCUUUUCCUCUUUCUGAAGACGAAAGACGAGUUUACCAACACAUACUUGCCUGAUGUCUCCAUUGGCCGCUUCAUCAGGGAUGUUCCUCGCAAGCUAAUGAAGGAGCGUGGACAGCAUUUAGAUGCCUUCAUCAAUGUCUUCUUGUCCUCAACCGUUACACAGAACAAGAGCAAAGCCAAGAAUGAAAUUGAGGAAGGGUCAUUGGCCAAGGAGCAGCCAGAAGACCUUCAAGCAAAGAGCAGCCUUACCGGCACCUUCUUUGGAGAUAAUGCCAAGAGCCUGCCCAUGCCUUCGCACGAGCCUCCUCCACCUCCACCCACCACCAUGACAGUGAAUGGGGUUUUUGACACAGUCCUUUACAUAGCUGUGCGUGUAUAUGGACUGUCUAUUAACGCCCUAAGGUGGCUGAUGUGUGUCCGUGUGUUGGCUGGAAACACACUUGACGCAGCCGUCUGUUGGUUUCUCAGGAGGAAGCUAUCUCUUGCACUGGCACCACCAAGGAUAGUGAAACUCAUUCACCUAAUUAGAGAUGCUUUGUUUGUAGACCCCCCCAUUGAAAGGACGGAACAAGACCGUAGGCUGAGGGAGAAGGAGCUACGUCAGGAAGUGAUUGCUUUACUGCCGCAGUGGGUGCAGAACAAACUUUUCACGCAGGACUUGUACACUGAAGGAGCCAAUACUCUAGUCACCCUCUUUCAACAACCUAUACUCAAUAAACAGUUAUCCUAUGUCCUUCUGGAUGCAGUAUUAGAUCAAUUGUUCCCUGAGCUGGACUUCGACCCAGAACUGUCUCCGUUCCUCACCAGCUGAAGACUGGUCUUUGUUACUCUUUAUUUAUCUUUAAAAAUAUAAAUAUAUUUCUCACUACACAAUGUAGUAACAAAAUGUCUGAUACCACAUAAACCAUGGAUCAUCAUGGUGCACAGUAGCAAAAAAAUAUAUAUAUAUAACUAUUACUCCUUUUAGAUAAAGAACUCUCAGUUUUGGGUUUCAGACCAGGCACAAAGACCAGGAUUAUGGUAGCUAAUUACCUUGAACAUAUGGGUUUAUCACUUGGUAUAUUUUAAAAAGACUGUCUGUGGCUAGCAAUAUUCUUUUCCUGAUAUUGGUGAAUUCAUUGGAACUGCAGUACUGUAAACAUUUGAACAUGUGCAUGUGUGUAUGAGGUUGUAUGUCUGUCUGUGUUUGUAGGUGUAAAGAAAGGAAAAGGUUCAGAACAAGGUUUUGAUUUGACGAUACUAAAUUUCUGGGUCUUUUUUCCAUUUACUGAAGUGCUCUUUGGACGUUGAUACUUGUAUAUCAGGGACCAUAAUUGGAUAAUUAAGGUUGUGGUAACUUCAGUGAAAUUAUCUGCCUUCAUCUGUUAAGGUAGUAUGUGUGAGAUAGUGAAUCAAAAUUUGAGGUUUAUUCUUGAUUUCAUUCAAAAUCCCAACUGCCCUGGGUAAUUGGUGUCUCCCCUAUUGCUAACAAUUUUGUUAAAAAUAGAUGAUUGUAUCUAAUUAUUAUAUCAGCACAGUUUUAACAUUACAUGUAUAGAGGGAUAAAUUGGCUGCCUUCCCUUGUGAUUCUUGCCACAUAAGUGCAAACAUUGUAGCCAUUAGUUUUAAUCUGACUGAGAAGGUCAAGUCAGCCAAGACCUGUUUUCCUCGCAUGAACUGUUAACCUUAUUUAAUUUUACAAACUAUUUUAGAUGUCAUAUACACAGUAAGUCGAAAUUGGUGUCCAUGGUCCUUGAUUGCUCAUUGAAGUGGCCUUGCAUUUGUUUGUUGAGAAAAUAAUCUGAUGUUAGUUUUUGGACUGUUCUUAAUGUCAAGAAAGUGUUAAAGAGUAUUAUUUAAAUUAAUCUCUGUUUGCCAUUCAUAUCAGGAAAAAAAAAGCCUUGUGGUUGAUAUAUAUAAACCUAUAUUUUCAUUUAACUAUACUUUACCAUGGUAUUUGGAUUAGCUUACUUACUCAUGUAUGUGACAUGGUUAAAUAGGUGACAAUGGGUGGAUUAUUUGACGUGACAACAUUGCAGUCAAACCAUAUUUUCACCACAAUUUUAUUUUUGUAGGUACUAAAAAGUGAUUCCUUACAAUGCUUAUUUUAGAUAUGUGAAUAAAUUAAUUACCUGAAGACCAUUGUACAAGAUGAAUAUGGUGGUUUUAUGCAGCUUAAUUUUCAGGAAAUGAACGGUGAACUUUCUUUCAUUAUAUGGUUGUGCCUGUAAUUGUGAAUUUGUAAAAAUUAUAGGUAUUGUAAGUAUUAUAACAACAACACGAGUAUAAAAAAUGAUAUAUACUAUUUAGCUGUAGUGAACAUCAUUCCAUUAGUCAGUGACGUCAUGGAGGUGCCAUGUUAUUUUUCAGAUUUUACCAAAGAGUAAUAUAAAUCAUAUAGAUUUUUUCUGUGAUAACAGCAGGUUACAGUAUGUAUUGUAACAUAUCAAUAAAGACAUUACAAAUA